UUGAAAUUCUGCCAGGCGCCAGCCCUAUUGUGUAUUUUAUGGCGAAACUGAAGUUUUUAUAAUUUUGCGCGUUUUAUUGCUUAUUUUUUAUUUCUUUGCGUGGUCAUGGAAGACGAAUUAGAAGAUAGAGUUUUACAUCAAACUUAUUUAUCAUUUAUGAAAAUUUUGUCACGCUUUAGUAGCAGCGUAGCUUUUGACAACCCGACGAGCUAUUUAUGGAAAAUGGUGCGACUUUAUUUACUACGAUCCGAAGUUUUAGUUUUCACAUUGGGAGUCGUAGUCUGCUUCAUGUAUUUACAAACUAUAGGACUAUGGAGUCGAUCUUUACUCAGCAGAUUAUCCCAUGCAGUAAAUCCCAUAAGUGCAGUGCAACGGAUGAAGUUGAUGGAGGGAUCGGACGCUGAUAAACAGAGCUGGGAACUUAAAGGGUCACUCAGUGCCGUUUAUGCAAUAAAAGGCAGAAGGAUGCACAUGGAGGACAAGUUUAUAAUAAAUGAAAAUAUAAACAAUACAGGCAUUUCAUUGUUUGCUAUAUUUGAUGGACACGGUGGUGAGUUUGCCGCCAACUAUGCUAAAGAUCACCUUAUUCAGAACUUGUAUAAUAAAGUUGUGGAACUGAAUGCUUAUAAAGAUGGAAAGCUUCCAGAGACACCUAAAAUUGAAACACCAGAUGAAAUAAAAAAGGAAGAUAAAGAGAAUAUGAUUAGUGUUGAAAGGAAGAGCAGUUUUAAAAAGUCUGUUAGCACUGCUGAUGACACUUCUAAAAAAGAGAUAACUGACCCACAGCUAUUAGCUCAAUUGAACAAAGCCAGACCAAUAACAAGAGAAGUAAGACCAAUCAAACCUGUUAAAAAUAUUUCAGUGCCAUUGUCUAGUUAUAUAGAUAAAGGUAAGAUCAACUAUGGUAAGUUGUUGACUGACGAGGUUUUGGCUGCAGACCGACUACUUGUAGAAGCUGCUAAGCGAUCACUGAAUGUUGCUGGAACAACAGCACUUAUAGCUAUAUUAGAAGACAACCAUUUGAUUGUGGCUAAUGUUGGUGACUCAAGAGGAGUGAUGUGUGACUCUCGUGGAAAUGCUAUACCAGUCUCUUUUGACCACAAACCGCAACAGGUUCGAGAGCAGAAACGAAUAGAAGCUGCUGGAGGUUACAUUGCAUUUAAUGGAGUAUGGAGGGUAGCUGGAAUUUUAGCAACGUCUCGAGCUAUGGGCGACUACCCUCUAAAAGAUAAAAACUUUGUUAUAGCUGAUCCAGAUAUUUUAACAUUCAAUUUAGAAGACCAUAAGCCUAUGUUCUUAGUUCUUGCCUCUGAUGGUUUAUGGGAUACAUUUACAAACGAAGAAGCUGUCAAAUUUAUAAAGGAGAGGUUGGAUGAACCUGAUUUUGGUGCCAAAAGCCUUACAUUGCAAGCAUAUUACAGAGGAUCAGUUGACAACAUCACAGUAUUAGUCAUUAACUUUCUACUUGAACAGUUUUCAACUGCAAACUUAGUACAUUAAGAAAUUUGCAGUGUGAAUGAAGUGUUUUGAUAAGAUAUCUAGUGAUUGAUUUAACUUAUUCUCUCACAUGAUAUUAUAGAAGAAUGGUAAGAUGUUGUAGAUUCCUAUUUACACAUCAAUAUCUUGAUUUAUACAAUUCAAAAUCGAAUCUUAUUAAUAAAAUAGGUUAAUGAAUAACUGCAGAGCAGAUUUUCUGGUAAUAAUAAUUAAUCAGAUUUUUGAAAGUUUUACGAGUCUAAAUUAUUCAUAAUAGUUGUCCAUGUAGAACCAGAAAUAAUAAUAAAAACAUAUUUU